GAGGAAGACACUGCCCCCGAUGCCACAGACAGAUAACACAAUUGAGCUCGAGGUGGAAACCGAAUGUGCUGAUGUGUGUCGCUUUAGUCCGUGCCCAGAUUAGGAGAGUCCGACCAGCCCUUAUACAAGAGCCGGAUCCAUGCGUCACUCCUUUCUUCCCAUCGAUAACCUGAAGCAGCAUGUCCGGGAAAGCAGGGAGCAGCGGAGAACGAGCGGCGCACAGCUUUUAGACCGGGUCAUGUUCAUCCUCCAAUAAGAAGCUUGGAAACCCUUUCCCCAAACGUCCUCAUUCCACAUAUUGUCUAAUAUUCAAUAAAAUGGCAGAUAAUGUCAAGUACAGUCCUGCCCCCACACAAGACUCUACAACAAGCUCAACAAAUGGCACUGCCCAAAACGGACAAGGCCCCGACGGGUCAAAUGAAUCCAUGAAGCUAAAGAAAGAGAUUUCACUUCUCAAUGGCAUCUGUUUGAUAGUAGGCAACAUGAUCGGAUCAGGCAUCUUUGUGUCUCCCAAAGGGGUCUUGAUGUACAGCGCUUCCUAUGGACUGUCUCUAGUCAUCUGGGCCAUCGGCGGCUUGUUUUCAGUUUUUGGAGCACUGUGUUACGCAGAACUCGGAACGACCAUCACCAAGUCGGGGGCCAGCUACGCUUACAUCCUGGAGGCAUUUGGGGGCUUUAUUGCUUUCAUUCGCCUGUGGACAUCCCUCCUGAUCAUUGAGCCCACCAGCCAGGCAGUCAUUGCCAUAACCUUCUCCAACUACAUGGUUCAACCCAUCUUUCCCACAUGUGAAUCGCCCUACCUCGCCAACCGUCUACUGGCUGCAGCCUGCAUCUGUCUGCUGACCUUUGUGAACUGUGCCUAUGUGAAAUGGGGGACCAGGGUUCAGGACCUGUUCACCUAUGCCAAAGUCAUUGCAUUAAUAGCAGUCAUCAUUGCUGGAAUAGUGAGGCUUGGCCAAGGGCACACUCAGAACUUUGACAACAUGUUUGAAGGCUCAUCUCUUGAUGCUGGCAACAUGGCACUGGCACUAUACUCUGCGCUCUUCUCCUACUCCGGCUGGGAUACUCUCAACUUUGUCACAGAAGAGAUCAAAAAUCCAGAGAGGAAUCUUCCACUUUCCAUUGCUAUUUCCAUGCCAAUCGUGACCAUCAUCUACCUCCUCACCAAUGUGGCCUAUUACUGUGUCUUGGACAUUCCAUCCAUCCUAAAUAGUGACGCUGUGGCGGUGACUUUUGCUGACCAGAUUUUUGGCAUUUUUAACUGGACCAUUCCACUGGCUGUUGCCCUAUCCUGCUUUGGAGGGCUUAAUGCUUCAAUACUGGCAGCCUCAAGAUUGUUUUUUGUUGGGUCCCGUGAAGGACACCUACCCGACAGCUUGUGCAUGAUCCACGUUCAUCGAUUUACUCCGAUUCCUGCACUUCUCUUCAAUGGUGUGAUGGCGCUUGUAUAUCUUUGUGUGGAGGACAUCUUCCAGCUUAUUAACUAUUACAGCUUCAGCUACUGGUUCUUUGUGGGCUUGUCAAUUGCUGGGCAGCUGUACCUUCGUUGGAAGGAACCCAACAGACCACGGCCACUUAAGCUCAGUCUUGUCUUCCCAAUCAUUUUCUGCUUCUGCACAAUAUUCCUGGUUGCUGUUCCACUAUACAGUGAUACCAUCAACUCAUUAAUCGGAAUUGCAAUUGCUCUGUCUGGAAUCCCAGUUUACUUCAUUUGCUGCUACAUCCCAGUCCACAAGCGACCAAAGUGCCUACGCAAAGCCAUUGUAUCCAUCACACGAUUCAUCCAGUUUGUGUGUUUCUCAGUGCUGACAGAAAUGGACACUGAAGACAAAAAAGAAUGAAGGAACACACACACACACACAGACACACACACACAGACACACACACACGGAGGUCAUCCCGAGAUGUCAAACCUGAGAGACUCCACAGAACAGCCAGGCGGCUCACACAAGACCAGCAGAGCUCAAGCAGGACAGACAAGUUAAGAUGUCGAGGACAAAACAAAGUAUAAAUGUUGUGGUGUUUUUUUUUUGGCCUAAUAUAUUCUGGAUUUUUGAAGAAAGGGUUGUGAAAAGUGAAUACUGUAUUGACUUUUGACAAUAGUGUAUUUUUAAUAUAAAAAGAUAUCAUUAUUCACUCAAGAUAAAUGGGAGUAUUUUUAAAAAUUUGAA